UUGGAAUUUUUUUCUGGUACUAAGGAUGACAUUUUUAAGGACGUCGAAGGCUCGAAUAUUAAAGUAAAGGUGUGCGUGUUCGCGUUUGAUCUGUUGUUUUUCAACGGCGUUUCAUUUGUACGAAGUGACUUUCGGAUCCGUCGUGAUCAUUUGCGUUCGUACUUCAAAGAGGUAGCUGGAGUAUUUAUGUUCGCAAAGGGCAUUAUCUCUAGCGACACUGAAGAAAUUGCCACCUUCCUUGAUGAAGCCGUGAAAGGUAAGUGUUCAUUACGCAAUUGCGAAGGACUGAUGCUGAAAACGUUGGACGACAACGCAACAUACGAGAUAGCGCAGCGAGGUUACUGCGGAACCGGCAAAAGAACGGCAGUUUAUGGUGGCUACCUGUUGGCAUGCUACAAUCCAGAGACGGAAGAAUAUCAAAGCAUAUGCAAGAUUGGUACUGGCUUGAAAGACGAAGAUCUGAAAAAUCAAGCCGAACUUUUCAAAGGUCAUAUUCUAACUGCGCCUAAACCGUACUACCGAUUCGAUACUUCUCUCACCCCUGAUCACUGGUUUGAACCGAUUCAGGUGUGGGAAGUGAAGGCUGCGGACCUGUCAAUAUCUCCCAGACAUUUUGCAGCUGUUGGAUUGGUGCGUAUUAUUCUUGAAGCCUAA